GUUGACGGGUUGGCAGUGCGUCUCACAUGGGAUGGGCGGCGACAAUCCCUGUGAUGUCUCACCCGUUUCGAAGGCAUCCCAGUCCUCCCUGGACAGCCCCAAGCGUUGGCGCUUCUUAGAGCAGGCCUUGAUAUGCGCCUGCGCCACGCGCAGCGGACAGCAAAUGCCUUCCACGCCAAGGACCAGCGACAAAAGCGACAUGUGUGAGAUGCAACGGGCAGCAUGGAGAAGCAAAUCCGUGCCGCAGAUUGAAGAGGUGAACGAUGAACCCAAAUUGCGACGCAAGGCAACUGUGUCUUCCCUCCUGGGGCAGGACGAACAUUCUCCUCGAUUGUCCUUGGUGAGUGGCCCAGGAGUGGAUGUGUGCAUGUCACCUCGAGCACUCUUACGACCCAUCCUUGGCACGUCACUACUGGAAGUCAGCAGUGAUUUGCUUUGUCCAAAGCAUGAAGGUCAAUUGGAAGUCUUCGAGCACUAUGAGUUCAUCUCCGCCGUGGGCAGCGGCGCCUUCGGCCGCGUGCUGCGCGCCAAGCACCGCCAGGGCGGGCAGAUGCGCGCCUGCAAGGCGUUGACCGCCAGUACUCCACUGGAACGCAAGCUGGUGGAGACAGAGAUUGCCAUCCUAAAAGCACUGAAUCAUCCACAUGUACUGCAGCUGCAUGAAGUGUACUUUGAGCCCAGCACCACGGAGCGGCAACGGAAGGUCUACCUUCUCACGGAGUUGUGCACCGGCGGGGAUUUGCUUUUCCGCAUUGCGUACCACUACCAGACCUUGAAAUGCCCAAUGACGGAGGGCCACGUUGCCUAUCAGCUCCGACAGCUUCUCUCUGCUGCGAUGUACUGCCACCAGCGUGGCAUUGUACAUCGGGAUGUGAAGCCUGACAACGUUCUUUUUGUAGAUGCCACGGCCAGCAGCCCUUUGAAGCUGAUCGACCUGGGCCUGGCGGGCUUCGCGCAGCAGCUGCGGGAGAACGCCGUGGAGGUCUCCAUCCCGCGGAGCAAGUCCUUGGGGCGCCUGGCGAAGGUGCUGCCCCGCAUCGGGGCACGCUGGUUUCACGUCAGGAAGCAGAUGAUGCAACGCGCCGGCACCGCCUUCUACAUGGCCCCGGAAAUGAUUAAUGCGGGCGUCUAUGACCAGAAAGCGGCCUCUCUGCUUGCUCGCCUUUUCCUAGGGUUUGGUGGCUGUUUCCCAUUCAAGCCGCAAAAAACUCGUCACGGAUCAGAAGACGAGCAGCCCAGUUUGAUAUGUUUGGCACGUCACCUUGGCCCGCGAAGUCAUGUGCUGAGCGUCCUCAGUCCUCAGUUGGUGACCGAGGACUUGUUUAGUAUUGGCGCCAUCAUGUGUGAGAUGCUUACUGGCUGGCACCCAUUCUACACACCCAAUGUGGAUGAUGCGCAGUCUGUGCAGGCGAAAAUCAUUGCGCCGAAGCCAGUGUCCUUGCCAGAUGAACUGUUUGGCAAUAUUUCAGAGGGAGCCUGUGACGUCUGCCUCAGACUCUUGGAGAAGGACCCGGCCCGGCGCCUGAGCGCGGCGCAGGCGCUGCAGCAUCCCUGGUUUCUGAACCCAGACAUGCCCACGCCAUACGGCAGCAGCGAUGGCGUUGGUGCAUGGAUCUUUGAAGGCCUGAAGCAGUAUGCCUCCUCCAACAAGCUGCACCAGGCGUCCCUUCAGUUGCUGGCCCAGGAGCUUGACGAAGAAUCAGUGCAGGAGCUUCGGGAGACGUUCCUUGCCCUUGACGCUUCUGGCGAUGGGUGCCUGGACGCCGACGAGCUCAUGCGCGCCGCCUCAGCCGUGGACUACGCGCUGGAGCCGGAGGAGGCCUCGCGGCUGGUGCGCCAGCUUCGGGGCGGCUACCGGGAGUUCACAGCAGCCCUUGCCGGUUGUAAAGUAAGAUAUACUUCUGAGCAGCUGAAGCGUUGCUUCCAGAAGCUGAGUGUAUGCGGCCUUAUUCGCUUCCAGGACAUGCAAGUCCUGCUAUGCAAUUCAAUCUCGGAGUCGGAGUGGGAGGACAUCGUCAGGUCUUGUACAGCCCAUGAAGAAGCUCCAACCAUUAAGUCAACAAUUAGUCUGGACAGUUUUUUGUUCAUGAUGCAAGCGGAAGAGGCAUCGCUCCCAACCUCAAGUUCACCAGUGCAUGUUUACGGGGAGGAGCCUGCGAAAGAGGCCUCUCCCAUGGAAUUCUGGCAGCGUUGCACAGAGCCCUUGUGCUGGCUCGCCAGCAACCAGUGAUCGCCGAUCCGAUGCGGUUUGUGCAGGUCAUUUAGGACGCGGCUUGUCGUUCAGCAGCCAAUUUCGAGAGAAACCUC